AUGCUGAUGGAGCACCACCACCACCACACACAGGGACGCCCGAGCUGGACGCCCUCGCUGUACGCGGCCUCAAGCAUGGCCGCGCCGACGACGGCCAGCACCUCGCUGGCGUACGACGCGCUGCGGCCGCCCGCGUACCCGAGCGAGAGCUCGCCCUACCAGUCCCAGCAGCAGCAGCAGUUCCCGCAGGACCAGGACAGCAGCAGCUACCGCUACCCGUACAGCGAGGCGCCACGCCCGACGUUCGCGCCGCUGCCGCCGGCCCCGCGCGACGAUCCGUUGGCGCCGGGGGCUACGCGCCUGCGGUAUCCGCCGCCGAGUCUGCCCAGGCCAAUGAUCGGUGGGUCGCUGUCACCGCACUACAGGAUGGGCGACAAGCCCUCACCCGUACCGGCAGUCGUCACGCCGGCCUUCACCUUUGCCAAGCCCGGAAGCGCCACGACGCCCAAGCGCGCCACGGAUGAAGAGCGACGAGCGAAACACCGAGAAGCCCAGAGGCGAUUUGUCAAGCGGAAGAAGAUCGAGAUGAUGCAGCUCAAGCAGUUGGCGGUGGAGCUGGAGAAGCGCCACGAUCUUCUGCAGGCGGUGAGCGAGCGGGAAGCGCUGGCGCGCGAGAACCAGGCGUUGAUGGAGCAGCUAGAGGCGCAGAAGGACAAGGCGCAGGAGUCCCCCACGAGCACCAACCAGCCACUCGACGAGCAGGGAGAGGUGAAGGAGGAGACCCCCGAGAAGGACGAGCACCCUCGACCGGAGAUCAAGUGGGAAGCGCGGACAUUUGAGUGGUAG